AUGGUGGAUGCCGCGCCUGAUACCGCGUCUGCGGAUCUCAAGGCAAGAAACAAGCGUCUCUCGUUGAACUUUCGUGUACAACAUGGCAUUGUAGUUGCCUUUUUCUUGCUAAUACUAAUCUUCCACGCGCUCGCAAUCUACCUCUUCUGCAGCGGCUUCCUCCUGUCGCGACUCGUCCUCCAAGACCGCUCCGAAUGCGCCAUCCCUCCUGUCGACCUCAGCCAUAGCGUGGGCACUUUUACACCGGGAUCGCAAGAGACGGGAUGUUGGCACCCAAAGACCUUCGACAAAGCCGUAGUCAUCAUCGUCGAUGCGCUUCGCUACGAUUUCACUGUACCUUUCCAACCCAAGUCUACGAACGAUCCACCGCACUACUUCCAUGAUGCUUUACCCAUUCUCUACGAGACCUCGGUCAGGGAGCCUCAGAAUGCCUUCCUCCGACCUUUCAUCGCCGACCCGCCGACUACAACCCUCCAGCGACUGAAAGGACUUACGACUGGUACCCUCCCUACGUUCAUAGAUGCCGGGUCAAACUUUGCAGGAACAGCGAUUGACGAGGAUAACCUGGUAGAGCAGCUCUUCAAAGCUGGCAAGAAGGUCGUACAUCUAGGAGACGACACAUGGCACUCCCUUUUCCCAGGGUACUUCGAGCCGAACCUCACGCGGGCAUACGAUUCUUUCAACGUGUGGGACUUGCAUACUGUGGACAAUGGCGUGAAUGAGCACCUCUUCCCCCUCUUGCAACCGUCUAUGAAAGGACGUUGGGAUGUAAUCUUUGGGCACUAUCUAGGCGUGGAUCAUGCUGGACAUCGAUAUGGACCGGACCAUCCUGCCAUGGCUGAGAAGUUGAAGCAGAUGGAUGGAGUGUUCCGCAGAAUGAUCGAGACUCUGGAUGAUGAUACGUUGCUCGUAGUCAUGGGAGAUCACGGCAUGGAUGUCAAGGGUGAUCAUGGAGGCGAGUCUGAUGAUGAGGUGCAAGCUGCGCUAUGGAUGUACUCGAAAGCUGGAGUGUUUGGGAGGAAGAAUGAGGCAACUCUGGAACCUCCGGCUCAUGCGAAGAUACGACCGACUGCGCAAAUUGAUCUUGUGCCGACGCUGUCUUUGUUGCUGGGAUUGCCGGUACCAUUCAACAAUUUGGGUGCGCCGAUUGAAGAAGCGUUCCACGGGUCCAGCAAGGUCACAGAGCCAAAUAAUCGCAAUCUUGCGGAAGUGGCUCGUCUUACUGCUGCGCAAAUCCAUCGAUACCAGGGAGAAUAUGCAAAGGCCCGGGGACUUGGUGAGGCAGUAGUUCAUCAAGCGGAAAAGCUGUGGCAAGCCGCGAACGAGAAGUGGGAGACAAUUGCUCUUGGAGGCAAGUCUGGACUGCAGUCAACUAACGAGGCGACAUAUGUGGCUUACGGAGACUACCAGACGGAGAACCUGUCGAUUUGCAAAGCUCUGUGGGCACGCUUUGAUCUGGUCAGCAUGGCAAUGGGUAUCAUUACCCUGGUCGGCACUUUCGCUGCCAUUGUGAUGUACGCUCAGGCAGUCAACGACACUUGUGAUCGUGCUGCGCUGACAUCGCCUUUGCUCACCUGGGGACUAAUGGGAAGCGCAGCCGGUGGAGUCGCUGGAGCCGCGUUGGGCGCUCUGCCAGGCCUAGCCUUGCCUACCCUGGUCGCCUUCGGAACUGCCAUGGGUGGUAUCAUAGCGACACUGCUAGGAUUCUGGCCAGCGAGACAGCUUCUCAAAUUCCCGGUACCGACGACAUUCUGGGGAUGGCUGUGCACGUUGGUCACGGUCCUGCUUUGUGUCGGCUUCGCAGCCAACUCUUUCACGAUCUGGGAGGAUGAGCAGCUCUUGUUCAUUCUCUCCACAUUUGCGGUGGCGAUGCUGGCGUCGUCACUCGGCCAAGCCGAUCCUCAAGAUCAGAUCCUGGGAGCGCUGAAUUCCUUGUCUUUCCUGGUCACUACACGGGUCAGUUCUUUGUCGCGACUCUGUCGAGAAGAGCAGAUGCCCAAUUGCAGGUCUUCAUACUACGCUUCGGCGACCUCGUCCACGUCAGCGAAAUGGCAAUUGACGAUACCGUUCGCCGUUGCCCUUCUGCUACCAUCUGCCAUCAAGUACUUCUUCGUUCGCACGAAGAACUAUCAUGGAUCUGCCGUUAUCUGGAUCGGGAUCGCCCUUCGCCUGGGCUUGAUCAUGGUGGCCAGUUUCUGGGCUUUGGAUGCCGCCGACGACGGUGACUGGUGGCCAGAGCUGUCGAAAGGCACUCUGAAGACUACCAGGACUCUCCUUGCCCAAGUCGUGCUUGCUAUAGCAUUCGCGGCAGGAUAUGCCACGUACCUCUUUGCUUCCCCCUUGCUUGCAGUCAAGAGAGAAGAGAUUGAGGAGAAAUCAAAGACGACAGCAAAGCCGAUCAACGACGACGUUAAUGCACCCAUCCUCACCACUAUCAAGGAGAAGCGCGAACCUCGCUCGAAGCUGAUCAUUUACGGCUAUGCCAAUACUCACGGAACGAGAUACCUCCUGCUACCCUGCGCGUGGCUCCUCGCACUACUCCUAGUCCAGAAACCUAUGGGCCAAGGCGCAAUAGCACUGUGCAUGGUCUCAAUCCUCAACAUCUUAGAAGUCAUCGAUGCGAACAACCUCCGCCGCUCGCCUCUCGGUCCAAUCCUCCUAGCGCUUCUUGGCCAGUUCUACUUCUUCAAGACCGGUCAUCAAGCAGCACUAGUCACGAUCCAGUGGGAAUCAGCUUUCAUUCCGUUGAAGACUGUACAGUACCCGUGGAGUCCACUCCUCGUCACUCUCAACACCUUUGGUCCGCAGAUACUGUGUGCCAUUGCGGUACCCGCGAUAUCAAUGUGGAAGGUACCGCCGAAACAUCCUGCGCUACUGGGACGUGUAGCAGGUAGUAUGGCCACACAUGUCUUGUUUUAUGUUGCGGUCGCUAUCGCGACUGUCGCGGAGACGGCGUGGUUGAGGAGGCACUUGAUGUUGUAUCGAGUGUUUAUGCCCCGAAUGUUGACGGCCGUGGUGGUGCUCCUGCUAGUUGAGUUUGUGGGAGCCGUCAUAGCAUUGGUGGGUGUGAGGUGGAGUGUGGUUAGUGUUGGGGACGUGUUCGGGUGGCCAGAAUAG